UCUGACUGCUACCAAGCCUUCAGUCAUAGGAGACAGUGUCAGUGGUCACUCCACUCACAACAGUAGCGUGGAGAAAGUACAGGCUUAAGUUUACCUCAAAAUGGGAGAAAUUAGGUUUGAGAAUUUCAUCAUUGACGACCUUUUCAGUGGAGAUCUUGAUAAUUACAGUUAUAGCUCUUACCUGCCACCUAUUCUAUCAGAUUCCGCCCCAUGCCGGCCAGAGAGCCUCGAAAUCAACAGUUAUGUUAUAGUUGUAAUAUAUGCCCUGGUGACCCUGCUGAGCCUUCUGGGAAACUCCAUGGUGAUGUUGGUCAUCUUACACAGCCGGAGCACUUGCUCUGUCACUGAUGUCUACCUGCUGAACCUGGCCAUUGCUGAUUUGCUGUUUGCCCUGACCCUGCCCAUCUGGGCUGCCUCCAAAGUUAAGGGCUGGACCUUUGGCACACCCAUAUGCAAGAUAGCCUCGUUCCUGAAGGAAAUCAACUUCUACAGCGGAAUCUGGCUACUGGCCUGCAUCAGCAUGGACCGCUACCUGGCCAUUGUCCAUGCCACACGCACACUGAUCCAGAAGCGGCACUUGGUCAAGUUUGUAUGCUUAACCAUGUGGGGACUGUCAGCAGUUCUGUCCCUGCCCAUCCUGGUUCUACGUAAAGCCAUCAAACCACCCACUUUCAGCCCAAUCUGCUAUGAAGACAUAGGUAGCAACACAGCCCAAGGGCGGUUGUAUUUGCGAAUCCUGCCUCAAGUCUUUGGCUUCCUCCUGCCACUGUUGGUCAUGCUGUUCUGCUAUGGGUUCACACUGCGCACGCUCUUUAAGGCCCACAUGGGCCAGAAGCACCGGGCUAUGAGGGUCAUCUUUGCUGUUGUGCUGGUCUUUCUGCUCUGCUGGCUGCCCUACAACCUGGUCCUGCUUGCGGACACCCUCAUGAGGACCCAAAUGAUCAAGGAGACCUGUGCACGCCACAAUGACAUUGACCGGGCCUUGGAUGCUACUGAGAUUCUUGGCUUCCUCCACAGUUGCCUUAACCCUCUCAUCUAUGCCUUCAUAGGCCAAAAGUUUCGCCAUGGACUCCUCAAGAUCAUGGCUACCUAUGGCCUGAUCAGCAAGGAGCUCUUUCCCAAGGAAAGCAGGCCUUCCUUUGUUGGCUCUUCUUCAGGGAACACCUCCACUACCCUCUAAGACCGCCCACAUAAGCUGCAGCCCCUCAGGGCUCCUUCUUGCCAUUCCCUAUUGCUCAUAUCUACACUGUUCCUGGUAUUCAAAUUGAUGCAGCCCCUCUACUAUGGUUACACGGAGGCACAGAUGCCAUAUCUUACCAGAACCCCAUUGCGAAGUUUAGAAUGUGUGCCCUGGCUGCUCACUCCUUUCCAUACUGGUAUGCCUACUGAUAGAGUUGAUCCAUCCUACCACUGGGCCCAAAACUUAGAAAACUCUGUUUUCUAUGAAUGGUAAAUUAAAGUCACAUUGAAAUACCACUUCCUACACACUCAGAGAGUUAUUAUCAGAAGAAAAAAGGAAAUAAGAGAGAAGAGAAAAUAGCAAGUGUCAACAAGGAAGUAGAGAAAGGGACGGUUGACACAUUGCUGGUGGAAAUGUAACAUGGCUCAGACACAGUGGGAAACA